GGUAACUGAGAAAAGACACAAGGCUUGUUUUGACGUUCGGUUGGCGGUGUGUAUCAUUCGUGAAAAACUCAAAAUGGAGGAUUGUGAGGUUUCCGCACGUAAUGGAUAAAACAACAUGAUGAACAUCCGUAGCGAUCAUUCUGGUUCCGGUUCGUCCGAGGACCUGAGACUGAGGAUAUCCCGUCAGACAGGUGGAGGGGAUGAGGGGUCAAACACGGACCAACACCUCCAGCUCGAGUGGGAUGCGUAUGCUGACGCCGGAUACGACAACCAUCGCUAUGACAACGACUACUUCCGGUGGAUUCGGGAAUCUUCGUCCGACCAUGCAUUAUCUUUUGAAUCGAUUAGACAGGAAGACAGUCGAUUUCUUGGGACAUUUACGAAUGGAAACGAGGUUGAAUUCCAUUCUGUGGCUUCAACCGAGUAUCUCAGUGUGGAAGAUGACGAUGUCAACCAAACAAUAAGAUCAGAAAACCAACAAGUCGAACUCACAUUUCCGAAAAUGGCAUUGAAGUUGAACUUGGAUGUCACCGUUUCCGAUGUUGACCCCGCUACAGGAAAAAUGGAACUCACGUGCUCCGCGGGAGAUGGAACAGAGAAGUAUACCGGAUUAUAUAGGAACGGAAACAUCGCAAACUGUGAAAUGUGGCUGAAUGGACAAUGUCUUCAGCAACAAGCUACUAGGAGUUCGUCCUCGGAUAUAGAAUUGACUUCAGAAGGACCUUUAUUUUCUGAAUCUGAAAGUUUUAGUUCGGAAAACCUUAAAUCGUCUUCAGACUCAAAAUUGUCUUAUCACACAAAAGCCACAAACACUUACGAUGGAAUUAGUACGGAACAUUUGCAGACUCGCUAUGAUCAUAUAGAGAGAACAUCUCGUCUGUUAAAUUUCUCAGACGAAGAAGAAACCACUAUUUUGAAUGGUCAAAUUGUAGAAUCAUCUACUUCAUUAGAUCGACUCAUCGCCUGGUACAACAAUGGCUGUAGCUCAUCAUUUGAAUCACGUGACUCUGAUCAAGAAUAUUCACUCGCAUGCGGUAGUUAUAAGUGUAUUUCUUACAAGGAAAUUAGGGACAUUUUCGGUCUCCUCCACACAACGGAUUUACCGUCACCCCCGUCUAGCCCGCCGUCAUCUUCGAAAAGUUUGGAGGAGGCACAUGAUUCUGAGUCAGAUAGUUCUGUGACGGAUUUCGGGGACAAUACCUCGCCGCUAAAUGACAGCCGACCAUCUUGGCUUACAAUUUACAGAAGCAGUACGCAGUUUGAACCAGAUGACAGAAACACGAGGUCAGAAUUAAGUCGUUUACACGAACGCACCUCUUCACUUGAUGAUGGUUCUGUGGCAUUAGACGGUCCAAGCAAUCAACAAUGUAAUUCAGGGAAGACAACAGCAGCAAACCGCCAUAGACGGACAUUAUUGGAUUUGUCUGAAAGUGAUGAGGAGGCAACAGACUCAUUCUCUUUGAGGCGAAACUCAGAGGACAAUUAUUCUAACCCAGAAGAUUUUUUUUCUAACACAGAGGACAGUUAUCCUGUAGGGGCAACUAGUAAUUCAACGCUCAGUUGCGCAUCCAAUGGCAUUCAAACCCAAGGAAUUACCGAAGAUUUGUGUGCACAGGGAAAAUUUAGUCGGAUGAAAAUCGAUUCUUCUUCAGCAUUAUUUGAUUCUGCUCUUGAGACCAUGCUACAAGAGGUUACUGACAGUACAAUACCCUAUACAAGUAGCCUGACAUCCUGGGAUACGUCUGCAACUGUAGACGUAACUGUUAAACGUGGAGACGACAAAGACUAUGAUAAUGUGUCAAGUAUUUUUCACAUCGCGCAUGACCUUGCCCCACUGUCGUCCUGUCCUAAUCUUAGCGAUCUAACGUUUGAUUCCCAACCUCCUACUGAUAUUGAGACCAACGAAAACCCACGUGAAACACAAUCCGGAAGUGUGGAGUCUAACGUUGACACGCGUCAAACACUUUCCGGAAGUGUGGAGACAGACAACGACACGCGUGAAACAGUAUCCGGAAGUGAGGAGACAGACAACGACACGCGUGAAACACUAUCAGGAAGUGAGGAGGCUAACGACGAUACACGUGAAACACUAUCCGGAAGUAAGGAGACAAACGACGAUACACAUGAAACACUAUCCGGAAGUGAGGAGACAAACGACGAUACACGUGAAACGCUAUCCGGAAGUGAGGAGACAAACGACGAUACACGUGAAACACUAUCUGGAAGUGCUGUCUCUUCAGGAGGAAUCAUCGAUGUUGAAUCUUACAGUGAAACCUCUUCUGAUAAACAACAAUAUGAAACCAGCGCGUUCGUUGCUGUUUAUAGUUUAACAGAUAUAGUAAAUGAAAAUACAGGACAUGCCGUUGAUUAUGGCUGCAAAACUGAAACUCAAUGCAACCCGGAUACAAAUGCGAAAAGUUGUGACGGGGAAGAGGAUUCGUUGUUUUUGUUAAAGCUAGUCCCUUCUGAGGAAGUAAAACGCAAGCAGUCAUAUAAUUUAACGCAGGAAGACCACGAACUGUCUCCUGCAGAAAAUGACCGAAAGAUUAAUGAAGAGAAACUACGAGUUCUUGCCGCCAGUUACGGUUUGUUGGACGAUUCAGAGGAAUUAGGAGGUUACGAGAGCUACGACAGCGAUGAUGGCAAGAUGGCGGUUGAUCCCUGGAUGGACAAAGUCAAGUCACCGUAUCUGUCAGAUGAUACUUGUGACGUUGCUGUUGAUUCGUCAGUGACGUCCGAUGUUGAUCCUGUAAACAAAGAACGACAUCUGGAUGGAUAUAAAAUACCAUGUGAGGUGGGUACAAACGAUACGGCGAGACAAACAAGCUCGGCUACCUCAUCAUCGACCGCCGAUCAAGAAGACAUAUCAGGUGCUUCUAGUUCUACUAUCACUUCGUGUGAAAACAGCGAAACGGAUAUUUCAGCAAAACCUAGUUCUACAUACGAUGUCAUAGGGCCCUCACUGUGUGAGAAGGAUAGUACGAACUUCUGUUCAGCCGAUGAAAUCCAAAAGAGACUACAUGAACACAAGCAAAGUCGAGCCUGUCACAGCAACGAUUCGUUGUUCAGUUUCAGUGAACAAGACCAGGUUGACUUUCUGAUGAAGUUUCAGCGUUAUGUUGAGUCACUUGAAAUAUGUAUCUUUGACCGCCGUUCACCGCGCAGUAAGAAUAGUGAUAUGGUGUUUCAUGCGGAUGAUGGGUACUUCAGCUGUUUCGAUGAGAAUCAAGUGAAAGAAUGUAAUCUACGAAAGUUCCUUGGAAAUCAGGUUGAUCCUUUGAAGACUGAAAACGUGGAGUCGAUGAAAAUGAACCAGUUGACCGAUCCGAGCGACUUGUUGGACGACAUAGCAAGGAAGUUGGCAACGCGAAUUAUUAGCGACAUUUCUCUUUGUCAAGAGAAAUCUAAUUCAACUUCUCAAAGUCUUUCGGAUGCAACAUAUGGAAACGGGUACUCUUCUGACCAUGUGUAUUGGCUUUCAUCAGAUGAAAGCUUAGACACACGUUAUUUAUCUUCAACAGAAGACUCGGGUCGGAAUACCAGGCCUACACCAAACGCAGUAUUUUCUUGUCCUUACUUUGACGAUAUCUCGCGUCUGGAUGUAUUCCCACCUUCCGUUGAUGACGUAGGGAAAUGGCCAAUUUCUACAAUGUCUGUAAAUGACCUAGCUUCAAGAUCACACUCUCAGUUUAUAGACUUGUUUAACACUGAAAAACAUGCCGAACUAAUAAAUUAUUCACUAAAUAAUUACCAGGAGGUAGAAGAGGACGCGCGCGUCAACCUUUCUGACAAUAAAUACGAUCAAAGCUGUGUUUGUGACAGUAAUACUGAAUCGUCUGUGAGUGAGGACGACAUUGCACGCAUGCCAUCCGACAGAUAUUCGUUUUCUGUUAAUUCUCGAACCUUCAUACAGCAUGUCAACUAUGACACGGAUAAAAGAGACACCUCGAAAGGGACAAUAAUGGCUGAGGUAGAACGCGAGGCUUUGUCACAAUAUGCAUGUUUGCUGGUUAAAGAGGUAAUUUCUUCUGCGCAUAAAAAGUUCGUGUGGAGUAUGGAGGGUCUUCAAGAAAAAGACAAUAAAAACGAUGUGUCGACUUCCUCAGGAUCGGAAUCAGCAAGCUCCGUCGAGGAAUUGGUAUCGUCAGAAAGUCUAACUAAUCAGGUCAACACGGAUAAAAAUGAAACAAACAAAGACGAACACAGUGGUGGCAAAUCUAACAAAUGCCAUUCGGACAAUAAUUCUACCUUAGUUGUAACAAGCUGUAGAGAUUACACACCACGAACGUCGUCUCUGGACUACUGCCGUACUGUAGUAGCUACGGGUUUAUCCAGUAUAGCUAUUCGCCAAGGUAUGAACGAACUCAGACUUGUGGCUUGUAAGGAAUGGCAUAAUCGAUCACUUUCGUCAGGAUCCUCAAUUGACCUAUCUGCCAUUGAAACAGAUUUAAGUGAACAGGAACCGGAAGUUGACAAUUACACCAAAUACAAAUCCAAAUUAAGGGAACUGAAAAUGCGACGUCAGCGAGGAAACAGAUUGGAGCAAAAUAAAGAAAGAUUGACCUCGAGACCUGUGGAAAAGAAAUAUUUACAACAUCAUCAAUUUAGUGAAUCGUCCUCGGAUGAGGCUUCAGACGAUGAUAGCAGUCUAAAUGAUGACGAUAUGGAGGAAUGUGAAAGACAAAUUAUUGCAGCUCUACAUAGAGAGAAUAACGAAACCACAAUAUCGGAGAUAGAACAUAUUCUUGACACAGAAACGAUGAUGUUAAAGGCGAAACAGGCACAUCACUUACGUCGCUUAGAAAAAUAUAGGAGGAAGGCCGAAUCGUCAUCACCAAGUGCACUUUGUCCUGACCAUGACGAUAGCUUGCAUUCAUCCAAGCAACCACAAAGUACAUCUUGUUGGUGCACUGUCGAGAAGGCAGAAGCUGUGAGAAAUAUUGCAUUUGAAGUACUUAAAGGAAAACAGUUACUUAAAACCCAGCAGUGUAUUUCAAAAAUGGAAGACGAGUUAAUGGCAAUGAGAAAGAGAAUUGGUGCUGGGCAAAAGGCCAUAUUCAAUACUAAGUCAUUGGAUUCUCCUCUUUACCAGACCACUGACGAUCAGGCGAAACUCGUAAUGAAAACGGAAACAGAAGCUCUUAAAACUUUCCUAUACAAAAACAUGGAAGAUUUCGAAAAGGCCAUAAUAGAACGGCCUAUUUUCGGUGCUGGGGAUUUGAAAGGGAUUGAAGAUCACACUCAAGAUUUCACGGCGUUUGGACGUAUCAUAAACCAGGAAAUGAAGGAGUUCAAAGACACCGCGAACAUAACCUGGGAGGAUAUUCAAGAUCACGUCAAAAAGGAAUUCGAAAAUUGUUUAUACCCUGAGGGAAAUGAAUAUUCAGUUCAAAACAACGUAGAUGGUUUUGAACACCAAGAAGGAACCAAACAGCAGGUUAAAGGGGAUUCCGAGGAAUAUAAACAUCUAAUGAAAGAGGAACCGGAUGAUGUUCCUGCCGAUGUGACCUCAAAACUAACGCGAAUCGCUGAAAAGGCAUUCAGGUUACAUAUGUCCCGACAAUUCCUUACAGAGGAGUACAAACAACUGAAGGACAAUCGACUGGGAGUAGACUUAGCGGCCCAACUGCCGUCGGAACUUAAGUCGACUGAGGUGGAUCUCCCUCCGUUCAUAAAACCAAGAUGUAGCAUUUGUAAACUGCGCAAGAAGGUCAACAAAGUCGACACUUCUGAAGCUAAUGAGAAAUCACUGACCAAUAACACCAUGGAAAAUAAACGGGGUUCGUCGACUACAAUCAAACGUUUUGGAGGACAUGAAUAUGAGGUAGUAACCGGAUGUGGGAUUAGGAAACAUACGGUGUCAUGCGCAUUGUGUAAAGCGAUGGAAGAUGUCGGCGUAUAGUCAGCAAUAGGAGAGACGGAUUUCCCCCUUUCGAUUCUUAAAUAAUACCGUAAUGCUACAUGCUGAUCAAUUUCUACGUAACAUUUAUUGUAAGAGUCGAUUGAAGUUUUGCAAAACUGUGCCACUGUUUCGCAAAACAGCUAAACAAAACUUUUUAUAUUAAAUAUCUCCUAAGGGAAAGCAUUGCGGUCGUCAACGGAAAAUCUUGAUACAGUAAUCAAGAAACCGAUGCUUUUUAAGUGGUCCUUUAUACCCUAGGCGUUAACAACAUUCACGUCGUCUGCAAUUGUAUGCAGUGCCGUAAAUACGGACAAACACGUGACUUUUAUUAAAUAUUCAAACAAGAAAAUAAGUUUUGAAAUUGUGUUUCGUUUACCGUACACAUAUCAAGGGACUAUAUUUGUCUGCGUCGUGAUACAUUACAGUCGAUAUAAGGCUCAAACAUGGCGCUUAUAUAUAGCCGUUUGAGAAUCAGCAAGGCGAAUAACAAGUUUUUCAUGGAGUUCUCAAAGAUUUUUUUACAGACAGUGACGUUGCAGUUUAGUGGAAUGCAUGAUUGUUUUCUUAGGAUUAUUUUACUUUGAUAAUCACGCAUGGUAUAUCUUUUAAUGAAACAGCCAAGAUUGCGACCAUUGGGUAACGUAGAGGAGGUUGACAUGAGAAAGACAAAACCAAACUUCUUUAAUAAGUGAUGGUAGCUGGGUAGAUAAUUCCUCCCUCCUUUAUGAUAAUCUGGACUUAACUUUGGGGCUCUGUGGAGGGUUUAAAGUCAAUUUAUCACCCCUCGGGAUGCGUUUAAAUGAGUGUAUGUUGUUUAUCGAUUGUCGGUGUUUUGAUUUUCUAUGCUCGCUUGUGGAAUUUGAAAUUUAAAAAAAAAGACUGAUUGGAGAAAUUCAUGUGCAAUGUACCUUGGAGUUUAACUCUAUAAUGUUUGAUGAUCCUGGGCCUGACCCAACCCCUGAUAUGAUAACAAAUUUGUCGAAGCACCAAGAUGAUACAAAUAUAUCAACUUGACAUUUCAAGGUAGGAUUUGUAAUCUUAAGUAUGGCUGGGUGGUGCAGUGGAAAGCGAACUUGCCUUUCACCAACACGGCGUGGAUUCGAUUCUCCGAUCGGACGUGAAAAAGGGAUGGGUUGGUCAACUGUCCCGCCACGCCGGUUUUCUCCGGGUACUCCAAUUUCCUCCAACAUUCAAACCCUUGCGCGUUACCAUCCGGGCCAC